AUUCUAAAGUACUUUGGUAUAGCGCUAUUAAAUCAUAGUGCCUAUUGUCUUAAUCUAGAAAGUUAUCAACAAUCUAGCACCAAGUUAGUUCAAGACCGUAAGUAUAUACUUGGUUACGAUAGUGAUAGUAGAAAUUAUACACUAGAUUGUAGAUCUGUCAAUAAUUGGAAUACUGUAUGCGGUCGAUGUGGAAAUUCAGUCUGCAACAAAAUUAGACAAUUCAAGUUUACAGCAUAUCCAAAUU